AUGAUCCGCGAUCCGUUCGAUAUCCACCGUAAGAACGUCUUUAAAGCCACUGCUUUUCAAGCUGUCCAGAAUAUCAGAACCACGGCAGCGCAGGUCGGCGCAACGGCCCUCGACAUGUCGUUCAACAUCCCGAAGAAUGUCCCCAACUUUGUAGCACCCCAUCGAGACUUGGAGGACAGAGCAUGGGCGACACUGUCACGAGGCAAGAGGAGUGCUGGCGCCGGCGGUUUCAUGGAUGGCGUGCAGAGCAAGGUGUCUCAUUAUUUCGAAGACGAUUCGCUGCCGAUGUACAAAGACAAGCCGUACGGAUACGGAAGGAAACGCUGGUGGAGAAGAAAACGAGUGUUAAGCACAAUUGCGCUUGCGCUGUUGACCUUUCUCUGGCUGACGGGGUUCAUCGGUGGCAAUGACAAGAAGCGGUCGUCGACGUCGAAAUCUACAUGGGCAUGGCUGGGCAUGUCCAAGGCUAACAAGGUGGCCAAUUGGGACGAGAGACGGAAGAGCGUUGUUGAAGCGUUCGAGUUGAGUUGGGAUACAUACUCGCGCUAUGCUUGGGGCUAUGACGAGUAUCACCCAAUUUCGAAGACGGGCAAGAACAUGGCGCCCAAGGGACUGGGUUGGAUUAUAAUUGAUUCCUUGGACACAAUGAUGUUGAUGAACUUGACAUCUCGAGUGGAGCAUGCACGAGAAUGGCUGUCAAAAUCUUUGACUUGGGACCAGGACCAGGAUGUCAAUACGUUCGAAACAACGAUUCGCAUGCUUGGUGGUCUCUUAUCAGCUCAUUACCUAUCUAACGAGUAUCCCAACCUCGCACCUGUAAAGGACGACGACCCAGGGAAGCCAGGCGAGGAUCUCUACCUGGAGAAGGCUAAGGAUCUAGCUGACCGACUAAUGUCCGCAUUCGAGUCUGAGUCCGGCGUACCUUACGCCAGCGUGAAUCUUGGAAAAAUGCAAGGCCUACCCUCCCAUGCGGACGGCGGUGCUUCUUCCACGGCCGAAGCAACCACGGUACAACUCGAGUUCAAAUACCUUGCAAAGCUGACUGGUGAAACAAAUUUCUGGGAGAAGGUUGAGAAGGUGAUGGAAGUUGUAGACAAUAACAAUCCCAAGGGUGGGUUGGUUCCCAUCUACCUCUAUGCCACGACUGGGGAGUUCCGAGGCUCGAAUAUCCGCUUGGGAAGCCGAGGUGAUUCGUACUAUGAGUACCUGAUCAAGCAGUACCUCCAGACGAAUAAGCAGGAACCGGUGUACGAACAAAUGUGGGAUGAAGCGCUUGAAGGUGUUCGCAAGCAUCUCAUUACUUACACUGAACCGACUGGCUACACCAUCAUUGGAGAACGGCCUAGCGGAUUAGACGGCUAUCUUUCGCCAAAGAUGGACCACCUUGUAUGCUUUAUGCCUGGCACGAUUGCAUUGGGGGCUACCGGCGGUCUUACCGAAGCUGAAGCGCGCAAACUCCCAUCUUGGAACAAGAAGAAGGAUACCGAAAUGAAACUCGCCCGGGAGCUGAUGCAAACAUGCUGGGGCAUGUAUAAAGUCAUGGCAACUGGAUUGGCAGCAGAGAUUACAUACUUCAGGAUUGCGGAUCCUCCCCUACCAGAGUCUGCACCACACCAUCCCCCAGAGACAUUUGACUCUGACCCUCACGCUUCUUGGCGAGAUGACUUCCAAGUCCAACCGAACGAUGUCCACAACCUGCAGCGACCAGAAACGGUCGAGAGUCUCUUCUAUAUGUGGAGAAUAACUGGUGACAUCAAGUAUCGUGAAUGGGGAUGGGAAAUGUUUGAAUCGUUUGUCAACUAUACGGCUGUUGAGAAUGAAGGUGGCUUUACGAGCUUAAGCAAUGCAAACACGGUUCCCCCUGUAACCAGGGACAAUAUGGAAAGCUUCUGGCUGGCCGAAACCUUGAAAUACCUAUACCUCCUCUUCUCACCCAACGAUUUACUGCCUUUGGACAAGGUUGUCAUCAACACUGAGGCGCAUCCUUUCCCUCGAUUCGACCUGGGCAAGCUCUUCUCGACGGGUUGGAAGCGUAAACCGCGGGAUGCACAUGGAAAUAUUAUUGGGGAUAGUAAGACUGUAUCUGCAUAA